AGUUGAGUCGGUUGUAAAUGUGGCGAGGGGGGCGGACACAGCGGGACUCUCCUCUGCUGUCCUGCGUUAACAUUGUUGUGGAACGACGUCACAGCUCGAAAAUGAAGGCGCAGAGGCAGCCAUUACUGGAGCUUCUCUAAUUAUUUUAUUCCAAAUAAAUACUCGAGGGAAACUCCCAUGGCAAGAGCUACAAGUCAGUUGUAUGAUGUUGUGCCCAUUCAGCCCAGUGUUGUCAUCUGUUCCUGCUCGCAUCCAUCAAUGGUAAGAAACCACCCUGACUCCUGCUCGCCACUUGCUAUCCCAGGCGCAAGCAGUAGCCACUGUCCCAGCAUGGAGGGCUCAGCCUCAGGGGCUCGAGCUGUAGGAGCGUCUGCCAGCAGCCAGGUCUCAGACCUCCGCGCACAGCCGGCUGUGCAGACCCCUCAGCCACGCAAGAAGAAGCCAGAGGACUUCAGAUUUGGCAAGAUACUGGGAGAGGGCUCCUUCUCAACGGUUGUCCUGGCAAGAGAGCAGGUAACAGGGAAAGAAUAUGCAAUUAAGAUUUUAGAGAAGCGCCAUAUUAUGAAGGAGAACAAAGCCCAGUACGUGAAAAGAGAAAGGGAUUUGAUGUCAAAUCUAGAUCAUCCAUUCUUCGUCAAACUCUACUUCACAUUUCAAGAUGAUGAGAAGUUGUAUUUUGGUCUCAGCUACGCCAAGAAUGGAGAGCUACUGAAAUACAUUCGCAAAAUUGGUUCAUUUGAUGAAACCUGUACUAGAUUCUACUCGGCUGAAAUAGUUUGUGCUCUAGAAUACUUACACAAUAAGGGGAUAAUACACCGAGAUCUGAAACCAGAGAAUAUUCUUCUGAGUGAAGAGAUGCACAUCCAGAUAACAGAUUUUGGGACAGCAAAACAGUUAUCAUCAGACAGUAAACAAGCAAGAGCAAACUCCUUUGUUGGAACAGCACAGUAUGUGUCUCCAGAGCUGCUAACAGAAAAAUCUGCCUGCAAGAGCUCUGACCUCUGGGCUUUGGGAUGUAUUAUCUAUCAACUGGUGGCUGGUUUACCACCGUUCAGAGCUGGAAAUGAGUACCUAAUAUUCCAGAAGAUAAUCAAGCUGGAGUAUGAAUUCCCAGAGAAAUUCUUCCCCAAAGCGAAGGAUCUUGUCAGACAGCUUUUGUCACUGGACCCCUCCAAGCGGAUUGGCUGCGAAGAGAUGGGAGGGUACGACCCAUUGAAACAGCACCCUUUUUUCGAUACCAUCUCCUGGAGUGACCUACACCUACAGACACCCCCCAAGCUCACGCCCUAUCUGCCAGCCAUGUCCGAGGACGAUGAGGACUGCUACGGAAAUUACGAUGAUCUCCUGAGCCAGUUCAGCAACAUGCAGGUGGCCCAGUCCAGCUCAUCACACUCCCUGUCGCCACAUGAAUCCACGCCCCCAAAGAGGUCCAGCAGCAACAUCGAGCAGUACAUCCAUGACCUGGACAACAACUCCUUUGAGCUGGACCUGCAGUUCACUGAGGAGGAGAAGCAACUACUGCUGGAUAAACAGACCACUGGAAACCCCUGGCACCAGUUUGUGGAGAAUAACCUGAUCCUCAAAAUGGGUCCAGUCGAUAAACGGAAGGGUCUGUUUGCUCGGCGGAGACAGCUGCUUCUCACUGAGGGACCACACCUGUACUACGUGGAUCCUGUUAACAAGGUCCUGAAAGGAGAGAUUCCCUGGUCCCCAGAGUUACGCCCUGAGGCCAAGAACUUCAAAACCUUCUUUGUUCACACGCCUAACCGAACAUACUAUUUGAUGGACCCCAGCGGAAAUGCUGACAGAUGGUGCAAGAAGAUCCAGGAAGUGUGGAGAAAGAUCUAUCAAAGGCACCAAAACCCUGGCCUAUAGGAGUACAGUUCCUCCUGUGGCCACUCCUCUUUAGCUCUGAGGCCAAUCACUGAGCAGAGUAACACCCUCUUUAGUGCCCUUCAUCACCGCAGUGUAAACAAACUCUUAGAGACGCUGGCAUCUAGACCUUGUUUGUUUUCCUGAGUAGAACCAUGGGAAAAAUACAACUUUGGAUUCAGGGUUGCUUUGCUUGUUCUUUGUGCUCUCUGUGAGGCUUCUAUUGCAUUUUUUCCAUGUAUGGAUGAUAAGACUGCCACCAUGCACAUCUGCUUUUUGUACAGUCUGCAGGAGGAAUAAGAAGGGCAAGCUUUUCCUAUAGAGUGAAACAAGCUUGGGUACUGCUAGGACUAUCUCAAAUGCAAGGACUGGUUUCCUGCUUCAAUGAUACCAUAACACAAAAUCUAGCUUUUGUGAACCAGAGCCUAUCCUGUUAUCUUAAUUAAACCAUAUCCUAAUCCUACAUCAUAUGUGCAAGCUGUAGUCAGGCCCCACUUCUAGUGCAUAUACUCCAUAGUUGUAACUAAUAGUGUAAGCUGAUUCAGUCUCACACGUUUACCAAACUCAAAUCCUACACAUAUACAUAUAUAUAUAAUUUUGUCAGAGCCCAAAUGUUCCCACGGUAUUUGAGUUGUUAUUUUAUUUUUUUUGUCUCUUGGUACUUGCUUAUUGCAGUCCAGUUAAGGUCUCUAUGUAACAAAGCAGAGUGCUGGUCUGCAGUGAGACAUGGGUCUGAAUAAGUCUCUGUACAAGUGUGAGCCUUCCGUAGCUGUUACUGAGGAUGUAUUGCUAACAGGGGGUGGGUAAACAUGCCACUAGCUUGUACUUUCUAAUCAUAACUUGCUUAUCUUUCCUGCAUGGCCAGUUUUGUAGCUCAGCUUUGUCCGCUUCUCUCUCCUAGGGCACUGGAGUUAUAGGUUAUUCAAGUUUAAAGGUGGGUAUUUUUGACUGCAUUGGCAACCAUUGCGAAUAUUAUUGGAUGAUUUGGCUGUUCUGUACCAUUCACUGGCUAUUUCUUUGUGGUGUGAAUUCUUUCAAUUUCCUUUUUUUCGGUGGGAUAGUCGGCUCAUCUUCAGUACGUCCUAUUGAAAACGAAAUCUUAUGUGCUGACCACCCCAUGCUGAACAGAAAACUUUCAUCAACAGAGAUACAUACACAUACUAUCAUUCUCGGAAGCAAUCACAAUAAAGCUGUCGUCCCUGGACAAAGUGGCAGAACUGCCUCGUUGGGCUUAUUAGCCCGUAUUUUUGUUUUGUUUUCAUUCUGACGUUUGGCCCAAUAGAAAUUAAAGCGAUUGAUUUAACUUGUGCUCUUGUUUUAGCAAUAUGUAUUAUCAUGAUGCUUUUAAUUUUUGACAUAAUACCUUCAGGUCCUUCCCAAAGGUCCUCUUCCUUCAGCUGAGUCUGUUUGUGCAGUGUGUGACUGGAGUAUAGGUGAAUAGGACCCUCAGGCCCUGGGGCCCAGGGGCCCAGGGCUGGUUGUGGUUGGAUGUCAGUUAAAGGAUAUCUAUCUGAUCCAAAUAACCGAUGAAAAUUGCUGUAUCUGUCUAUAAAGUUGAGAAAGCACUAGAGAAGUGUUUUCCUCUAGUUAGAGAAAUUGUUUGAAUCAAGUCGAUGGCAGUCGGUUACAUUGUGUAUGGAAUACUCUACCUGGCUUGUAACUGACUAGAACUGUGAUGUACAGAUGAUGUAUUAUUAAAAUCUGAAGCAAGUAAUGCAAUGAUAUUAGGA